AUGGCUUUCAUUGCACGCUUGCCAUUCGGAGGCCCGUGGUCGACUGCGUUUCCGCACGGAGAGCUAACAUGUCCAUGUGUAGGGUUGCCGCGAAGGGAGCCCAUGACAACAAAGCAACUCCGGAUCACCCACAAGCAUAGCUAUCACCGAGAUCUCGUCUGGCACCGUCGCACCAUGGAAGCAGAAGAGAUCACUCCGUCUGCAUUUCGAGACAUGGCUGGUCCCAGACGUUCUCGCCGUCGUGAUCGCAACAACGUGGCACGCCGAAUCGCCCUACGAAUGCAAUCCCCGGCCGUCCUCGAAAACUUCGUCCGUCCAGCAUUUAUGCUGAAGGCUGGCAGCAUUCCCGCGAGGAGUGAGUACAAAUCCCGAAGCUGGUUAGGUUUGGGCAGCGAAGGCGAAGAAGGUCCCUGGCUAGACACGUGGAAGAGUACGGCAGCCGGGACAUUAGGGUUGCGUUCCGUGUCAUCUGCCACUGCUCUUGAAGAGGAUCUUAGCAAGCCCAUCAUCGCCCAACUUCCAUCCCCCGCAGCCUCUUGGGAAUCCAUCGUCCUUGUGAACCAGCCACCAAAAGCUACAGACCAAGCAUCCGUGAUUCCUGUCCAUCAGCAACAGCUUGGCUCAGCAUCCCAUUCCGCCCUCCUCAACUUCCCAGCGAUACCGGCAUUACGCGGUGUGACCAACAGGUGGCGCAGAGCUUUGUCGGCACAGAUAUCACUGGGCUUCUAA